AUGUCAUCCAGUGACAAUCCCCAGAAGAACCCCGAAGACAGAGUAUGGCAAGAUGUUCGAUCUGCACCUAGAACUCCUUCACUUGCCGGUUCUGCUGCCGCGGAAUCGAGACCUCGGGAAGAGCCCACAGCAGUUGAUACUACAAUCCGACGAGAUUACGGAACCCUGAACAGCAGUAUCUACGCCUCAAGUAGCCAAAGACCACGCAGCGGGCAUCGAAAUGACGAGACCCAAGAGGCUUCUGGCGCUAAUCCAGUAUCACCUCAAACUUCGAGGCGCAAACCUCCUCCGACUAGAAGAGUAUCGACCCGGAGACAACUACCCCACCGAGGCGAACAAUUUUCAGUGGAUGACGAUCCGAACGAAGUCGAAGUUGACAGAGAGCUUCAGACAACACCGAGCACGCAGUCCUUUCCGACUUUGACUCGAUCACAAUCCACCGUGCGUCGUCGAACAGCGGCCGCCCCCCCAGGGUUACCGCGGGUUGAUUCUGCGGCAGAAGAGGAGGUCGAGGAUAUAAUUCAACAGGAGUCUGCUGCAGUGCCACCGACCGAAGAAACCGAGCCUGUUGUAGAAGAUGAUGAAGACCUUGAAGACUCUGAGGAGGCAGACCUCAGUGAUGCGGAGAGUUUCACUCUAAAAGACCGACAGCUGGCCAUCAACGAAACGCAUCCGUUUGGCAUCAGGAUUUGGAAACCUGCAUUAUACAAGAAAUCCAGAUCAGUCGAAAAGGGAGCAGAGGAGGAUAUUCAUUCUUCACCCAGUCAGAUUGUGAGCACCUGGCUAUGGUUCUUCAACUGCCUGUGGACUGUUCUCUUCGGCUGGUGGCUGAGCGUCGCAGCACUUUUUGGAGCCUUCGUCUGCUACUUAUUUGCUUUUGACCCUAGUGCGGCUGCAUAUGGCGGAGUUUUCCUGGGUCUAGCUAGCUACCUCUUCUGGCCCUUCGGAAAAUUUGUGAGACUCGAGCAAGAUGAGAAUUAUGCCGAGGAAGACGAAGGCGAAGGCCGCAGCAUCAGCGAGUACGAGCGCUGGCAGAGUGGAGAUCUUGAGUAUGGCCGAUUGAUGUUUGGACCUACUCUUACGCACACUGGAUCGAUUGUUGGCAGACAUCGCAACAGUAUCGACUCCGCAAGUGAGACUGACAGCCUUCUGGACCGGAGCGGAAGGGCAGAGCGGCAGGAGACCAACGUGAGCGCCAAAACCAAGCGACGACUUUUUGGCCGUGGACAGUGGACCCUGGGCAGGGUUAUCUUCUUCAUUUUCUUCUACUUCAAUGUCGCCCCAUUGAUGCUCCUGGUGUCCAUGGUCUGUUGGUUGAUGGUCUUCUGGAUUCCGAUGGGCCGAGUCACCUUGAUCUUGUUCUAUCAUCUGAGAAAACGACCCCUAGCGCUGACAUUUCACCGAGAUGUCUCGCAUGCUAGAAGCUCCACUAAGCCCUCAUCCAUCCUCCUGUGUACUUACCGGGCGGUUGGGAUCAAGUACUGGAAGUACACCGUUGACGGCACCAACAUCUUCCUCAUCAACUUUCUGGCCGUUGUUGUUUUUGUCAUUUUUGACUACUUCAUCCUCAAGACUGCAGCCGGGCUGGAAAUAUGGCUGACAAGCCCUGCCCUGAUGUUCACCCUGGCUCUCAUCUCUAUUAUUCCUCUGGCCUACUUCAUUGGUCAGGCAGUGGCAUCUAUUUCAGCUCAAUCGUCGAUGGGGAUGGGAGCUGCAGUCAACGCCUUCUUCUCCACCAUUGUCGAGGUAUACCUGUACUGUGUCGCCCUUAACGAGGGAAAGGCCUCCCUGGUGGAGGGCAGUAUCAUCGGCAGCAUUCUCGCUGGUAUCCUACUCCUUCCUGGUCUGUCAAUGUGUUUCGGAGCUAUCAAGAGAAAGACUCAACGUUUCAAUGUCAAGUCUGCUGGGGCGACGUCCACUAUGUUGCUAUUCGCCGUCAUUGCAGCAUUCGGCCCAACCUUGUUCUAUAAGAUAUACGGAAGCCAUGAGCUCAUCUGUAAAGCCUGUGUUGGAGAAGGCGUGGAUACUCCCGCCGAUUGUCGUCAAUGCUAUUUCCGCCAAGUGCCAGCCGUUUCAGAUGACUUCUUUCUGAAAGCUGUGCGACCAUAUUGCUGGAUUGCGGCUGUAUUUCUCUUUUCGUCCUACAUCAUUGGACUCCUGUUUACCUUGCGGACUCACGCUGCUAUUAUAUGGAGCACCGAUCUGGACGAGAAGAAAGCUCAGCCGCCCACCGCCGAUGUCAGUCCGUUGGACACCCGACAUCAAAGCGUAGUCAACUCGCAGAACCUGCCCAAACCUGACGGGGCGUAUCUUCCUCGAUCGGCUAUCAGGGAGUCUCAACUGUACAAAAAGAUCCUGGGCCAGUCACUACGAUCGGCAGGGCUCCCAGAUGGCGAGCUUAAUGUUGAACACGAGCAAUACAGCACUCACGAAACCGCCUCACAUAUCUCAGCCAUGGACCAUCACAACAAGACUGAUUUGCCUCAUGUGGUGCCGCCCAAAUCGAGUCACAGUUCUGAGGACAUCCGAAGCCCACACCUACAUCCUGUGCUGCCCGGACUAUCUGAAGAAGACAAUAACAAUCUGGUUCGACAAGUCGCGGAGCUGGCGGCCACCGCGGCGACGAUUGCCACACGAGACGCAGUCAAUCAUCCUCGAACGGCAUCCUAUCAGGCAACUCAUGCAUACAAGCAAGACAGUACAAGAAGUCAAAGACCAUCGGUAGUGCGGAGAGACACUGUGACGGACGAGGGGUAUGCCAACGCCGCGGCUGACCAAGUUCCUGUGCCCGCUGUAGAAGGUGGUGGCCAUGAUGCUCCGAACUGGUCCAGGACAAAAUCAUCCGUCAUCCUGCUCACAGCAACGGUUGCAUAUGCCAUUGUGGCCGAGAUUCUCGUCGAUACUGUGGAUGUUGUACUCGAUUCUGUUGAUAUCGACGAAAAGUUCCUGGGCAUCACUUUGUUUGCAUUGGUGCCCAACACGACGGAAUUUUUGAAUGGUAUAUCUUUUGCUAUGAACGGGAAUAUUGCGCUCAGUAUGGAAAUUGGUUCAGCUUAUGCACUGCAGGUGUGCAUGCUUCAACUUCCGGCCCUGGUUCUGUUUUCGGCGUUGCGUUGGCCUUUCAUUGAUCCGCAAUACCUCAUCAACCACACCUUCAACCUGAUCUUCCCGCAGUGGGACAUGGUGACCAUCAUUCUUUGUGUCGUCCUGCUCAGUUACAUGUCUGGCGAAGGGAAGAGCAACUAUUUCAAGGGAAGCAUCCUGGUUCUGACCUACUUGGUAGUAGUUCUGGGAUUCUAUUUCAGUGGCUUCACCACUCUGACCAUCAUGGGAGUGGAUCCUAACGACACACUCGCCAUCAUGUCAAGUAUGGCGUUGCAGCAGAAUUCACCAGGGACGAUCAGAACCCCGAACGUGGCCAGGGGGCGAGAGUUGUAA